UCUAUCGACGUUUUCGUAACGUUUUCCUCGAGAGGAGAAGAGGACGAGGCAAGGCGAGGGGAUGCGAUGGAAGCGGACUUCAGGCGGUUCAUGGCGACAUUGGAAGCGCUGAAGGUCGAGCACGCGCUCAGCUCCGAGACCGUCGCGGAUCUGAAGCAGAGUAUCGAGAGGUAUCGAAGGCCCGCGGUGGCCAACGCGGGCAAGAAAUUGCAGUGUUCCGCCGCCGCCAGCGAGCGCCUGUCGCGCUACCUCGAAGCCGGCGGCUGGCUCGAGGAUGCAGCGCAGUCGCUGGCUUUUCGAAUCGAUUCGGCGAUCCGAAAGCUCCAUCGCCAUCUGCGCGAAGCAGAGGUCCAUUGUGAAUCUCUCUCUCGAACGCUGGAGACGGUCCUCGGCGCAGCCUGUCCUCGUUCUUUCCAGCAAUCGUCAGCCGCAACCACUGAGGAACUGGACGUGAUUCAAAAGCUUCAAAAUCUCGACAUUGCUUCAUCCGAGGAGGAAAUGGACCCUGUUCUCUCGGAUUUGGAAGAGAUAGCGUCGGAUUCGAAAGCUCAGAGCGGGCCCUAUUCAUUUUCUGACUGUGUGCCACUGAUGGCCCUGAUCGUCAUGAUGGUUGAGCAGGAUUUGGAAAUGAGGAAGAAGGUCGUUGCGGCUCUUGGGCUCGACACCCCCUCACCUUCCUUGGAAGCGUACACGUUAAUGUGGACCCUGCGUCCAUUUAUGGACGAUCAAAUCUGCGAUCAAGCGUUGCGUUUGGUGAAGCCAUAAGGCUUCUGGAGCUGAACAUUUCACGAAACUGCUGAAUGACAGUUCAUCUUGAUACAGAUUGUUGUGUUUGCUGGUAAUCUGAUACUACCAUCACCCAUGGUUAAUGUAAAAUAUGAGCUGAUUUGUCGAUUCGCUACUUCGGGGUUCGUCGAACCCUUGUAAACUGGAGUGUUAAUCUCCACAGAGGGAAUAGUAGAUCUACACAUUAGGUAGAGAUGGGAAGUAAAUUAGAAUAGAGAAGUUGGGUAAGUCGAAUUCGACAGCUAUGAGUUUUGGUUCUCGAUUGACAAAAGAUCAAAGAGAAAAAGCAAUACAAAGAAUCGUUUGUGGAGAAUAAGAUCGCCUUCACUACCACCACGACAGUUUCGUCAAGUAACUGGAGUUCAAUUCUGUGCAUGCUGAGCAAUCGAGUAAACUUGAGGAAGUGGCGAAUACUAGCGGAGCGAAGUUUCCUUCAGUCCAUUAGGGCGAACGAAUCCUCGAGCUUUGCUCGAGUAUUUCUCAAGUUUACAAUGCCACUUGUACAACCAAAUGCAGUCAGGUCGGGUUCUGAUUAAUGAGC